AUGUAUGAAGAGGCCAGCAAUUGGAAGUAUGCAAACACACCUGUGGAGGAGGAGUUAGAAGAGCUUGCAUGGCAGAUUGCAAAUGAGAAAGAUGCAUCUCGUAUCUUGACGAGGAUAUGCCAGUGCCUGGACACCAGUGGAUGGGUUUUUAAGGAUAGCUCAUUGAAAUGCUGGAAGAAUGCAAGCGAUAGGCUACUUCUUAUUGUUCAUGAGAUAGGAGAGAAGUAUUUUUGCGAAGGAGUGCAGGUAAGCAAGAUAUGCGAUGCAGACAAGGCGAUGGUUGUUGCAAUAUUCAGGUUUUACCAGAGGAUGUAUGCGUAUUCGAAGCAUAAGUAUCCACUGGAUGUAUCAGACCAUGUGAUGAGGUAUGUAUAUGCAAUUGAUGUCGAUGUGGUGAUUGAGGCAUACAAGGUGCUUAGCUUUAGCUUGCAGUUUUGCAUUGGGCUGGAGGAGUAUGCUCAGGAUCAUGAGAUGCUUCUGAAAUGCAUUGAGAUUGGAUUGGAUGAGGAUGAAAUGAGCGAGUUGAGUGUAUCUGAAGGGUUUUUUGAAAGCAUACCUGAUGAAAUGCUUGAUGCCAGUGUGUUUACAGAUAAGGGGUGUGGCUGUGCAGAAUUGAAUAAUGUAGCGGAGAAUGCAAGAUGCAGUGGAUGUAGUAGAAGUACACAGCAAAUAAAGGAAGCAUUGAUAGCAGGGGCAGCAAAGUACGGCAGGGGAAAGUACGUGUUUGAGCUGCGAAAGAAGGUAUGCAGUGACAGAGCAGAGAGGCUGGAUGUUAUACGAAUUCUUGCAAGGUGUGUGUUCCUUGUACUUGCAAAAGGAGGAGAGGUGUUUGAUUGUGCAGCAGGAAGGAUGGAUGCGCUUGAGAUGAACGGAAUAAUGAAUCGGGAGAUGUCUGAUGAUAUGGAGUUUGCAGUGAUGAGCCUGGUGGAUGUGCUGAUUUACUAUGGAGUUGAUUUUUCGAAGGUUUCUGUGACGCUUGGGCUAGAUGAUGCGAAUGGCCCGUUUUAUUGUAGGUUUGCAGCGGGCUUGAAUGAGAAGGUGUUUGAAAGACAUAUGAUUUUUUUUGUGAACAAUGCGCUUGUCCUGAACCAGAAGGCGCGGUAUCUGAAGAUGGAUGUGCUGAUGGGAUGUGUUGAAGCCUUCAGGCAGUGUGGAGCAGAUGCUAGGUAUCACAUCCUACGAUCAUUAAAGAUGUACUGUAAGGAGUCUAGAUCCAGAGGGCUUUCUGAGUUUGUUUUACGAGGAGGGAUUGCGAUGCUUGAAGGAUACUUGAAAGACAGCUGGCAAUAUGGAAUAAGCGAGAAUGUGAAUGUGAGGUAUGCAGUGAAGGUGGUGGGCGAGAUAUACAUGCAUGAUUGGAGAGGUGAGAUGGGUGUUGGUGGGUUUGAGGACAGUGUGUUUCUUGGCAUAGUGAUUGAUAUGAUACUAAGGUUGUAUUCUGUGGAUAUUCGAACUGUGUGUGUCUGCAUGAGGGUUUUAUCAUGCUUUGCAUUUGGAAAUCCUUUGAGUAUAGCAAGGCUGGUUGAGAGAGAAGCAAUGGCUGUGUUUGAAAGGAUGCUGAUGGCCGAGAUAACGAUGGAGUGUUUUUCCGAGAUAGUGUCGUGCAUGGAUGCCUUUUCUCUGAACCUUGGUGCACAAAGGAUGAUUUGUGAUGCAGAGUAUCUGCUUAAGAUGUUGUUUAUGCUGAGAGAGGAUGAGUUUCUGAAGACAGCAGGCGGAAGCAGCAAGGUGGCAUCGCUUCUGAAUGUGCUUAUCAUGCAUCAUCCGGUUUUCAGAGAGGAUGUGGUGAAGUUUUGCAUGGCAUAUAUGCGAUGCCUAAUGAGUGUGUUUGAGAUGCAAGCAAAGAAUGUGUUUGUGGUGGAUGAGUGGAAGAUGAGUGUAAUGAAUAAUUUUUUUGGGUUUGCUGUGAAGAUGCAGGCGUAUCCGGAUGGAGAUGGUGCAUGUACUCUUUUCAGUGAGAUCAGUGAAUUUUUUGUAGACGCAAGAUAUGCAUGUAGAAUGCACAGCCCGAUGAAAGGGGCUUUUGUCGAGAUGCUUCGAGGUAUUUAUAGCAGGAUUGAUGGAGAUGGAGGAAUGAUACAAAUGUUCAUAAGAGACAGCAAGGUGAUGGCUGAUUUCUGUGGCAAUCGAAUACAUAGUGGGGUAAUUGAUGGAUAUUCAUGGACGGUUGAUGAUGAGGGAGACGAUGUGGUGGAUAGGCUAAUGUUUUCGUAUAGUAAUCAUCUUGCAUUGAUGUGCAUACUGAUUGAUGAUGUUGUACAGAAUAAGGAUUAUGUUUUAGCAGCUGAUCUUGAGAUGGUGCUGGAGAGUGUUGGUGUGAAAAUGCUUUUGGAGAUGUUUGAUACAGUUGGGGAAGUGUAUAUGGGAUUGUCAGGGCUUUCUGAUGUGUUUUUGGAUGCGCCUGAUGCAGAUAUGUUUCUUUUGCUCUGUAAGGUUGUAAGUGUUGAUCUUGAUGAGGAUGCUUCGAAGUGCAGUGUACGUUUGUGUGUGAUAAGGUCGAUUUAUUCAUGCGUGGUGUAUCUUGUGCGGACUCUCUGGAAGGUUUUAGUGGAAGCUGCGCCUGUGCAUGGAGUUAAGUUUCUGCAGAAAGCAGCAGGUGUCUGCUUGCAGGAUGAAGGAAGGUCUGUAGUGCUGAUGACACGGCUGUUCAAGAAGCUAUGUCCAUAUUUCAGAUCUGAGCAUUGUGAUGUGGUGUGUGGGGAUGAGUUUGGGAAGCAGCUGCUUGGCAUUUCCACAGGGCACAUGAAGGUCAUUGCAGUUGUGAAUUUCAUUAUGAGUGAGCUUCUGUAUACGGUGAGAGAGGAUGAAGUGUUUAGGCGAAAUUUUCUGCAGUAUCUGCUUGAUAUUGGCAUGAAGGAUUGCAGUAAUAGUGGUGCUGGGGAUAAGCAGCAGAGCUUUACAUUGAACAAUGUUGUUAUUGAUGCUGUCCAGAGCAUAUUUGAUGAAGAAGAUGGCAGCCAGGUCAAAAUGUUAGGGCAUGACAUGCAGAUGGUUAUGCGCAUAUAUGAGAAGUUUUAUGUGUCGCCAGCAUGCAAAGAGAUUAGCAUUCGAAGGCUUGUGCAAUCACGAAUGUAUUUACAGAGACUGUUGAGGAUCGGGGCAUAUUCGUCUAUUCGGCGGUUCUUGAUGAGGGACAGGAAGGUUUACGAGUAUGCUUGUGCAUCUAUUGCUGAUUUUGAAUAUUCUAAUGAGUUUGUUGAGAUGGCGAGUGAUGUUUUUCUGUCUGCAAGCGUUGGGAUGUGUCCGCAUGUGAUUGAUGUGCGGCAAGUUGAAGAGAAGAUUCCGAUGCUGAUUGACUCUGAUGUAUCGGUGUGUAAGGUGCUGUAUUUUCUCAGGAUGUAUUUCCGGCUGCUGAAUGCUUUGAAGAUGCCGUUGCCUUACAGCUUUGAUCUUGAGAAGUUGAUGCUGCGGGUCAGAACAUGCAACGAGAUGAUAGAGAUGCGGAUGUUUUUGGGAUAUGCUAUCCGGCCUGGGAUUCAGGAUGCACUGAUCAAAGUAGAGUUUCCGAAGCAUACGACAGAAGUGAUGGAUGCAGAUGAGUUUUUGAGGCCUCUGUGCUUUUUGAUGUACAGAGACUAUGGGAUGUUUGCGAGAAGGUAUGUGGAAGCUGUUGCAAAGCAGAACAAGAUGUAUUGUACAGAGGAUGAGCCAUGCAGAGUGGACUGUGCUUGUAGUGAUGCAAAUGAAUUAGAGUAUGAUAGCGAAGAGGUGUAUGUCAGGAAGCUUAUUAUACUGCUUGAUUCGCAAAAGUGUUUGAACAAAGCAGUGCAGUUUCUUUCUGAAAUAGUGAUGAAUAAUCCAUCGCUUGCUGGAAAGAUAUGUACGCCUUCUGUGCUGAACAAAGUUUAUGAAAAGUGUAUUGGAGAGGUGGAUUUUUCGUUGAGGCAUGGGCAUGAUCAAGAGAUACAUCGUGGGAUUUGCUUGUUUGCAGUUGGAUUGAUUGCUGAAUCGCGAGUUGUGGAUGAUGCUUGCAGUGUGGGAAGUGAUGGAGUGGCGAUUGAAGUGGAUGCAGACAGGAUGCCUGUGUGUGCGUUUUUGGCCUCGAAGGUCAGGGGCGGGGAUGAAGAGGCGUUUAUGCGUGCGGUGUAUAUAAUUGGAAGGUGCUUGGUUCCACAAGUUGUUUUGAGGCACGAGCGUGAGGAUGAUGGAACAAAAGAGGAUCUCCGAAGAUGCUCGUUAUUUUUGAGUACAUCUGGGAUGUUCUGUGAAAUUGUUAGGAGGCUAGGGUGUGUAGAAGAAAGCAGCAGCAUCUAUGAGCUAUGCAUGCACUAUGGACUAGAUUGCUUGAAUAAGAUACACUCUCAUUGCUAUGGAAAUGCCUUGAAUGCAAUUGAGGACUAUGAAAAUGAAUCGCAUGAUGACUAUUUCAGUGUUGUAUCUGAUGAGCAAGAGCUCAGCGACAGUGGAGUGUCUGAAGCGGGUCAUUUUGAGGGCACGCCGUUUGAUGGAAUAGAGAUAGAGAUAGAGGAAGAAGGCGUGGAUGGCAGCAUGAGUAGCGAGGAAACGAGAUCCGAGGAUGUUGCGGUUAUAAAGAGCAUUGAGACUGAGUAUGAAAUGCCAACUGCAAUGUACAUGAUGUGUAUGGAAUACAACGGACUAUGUUCUGAAGUCAGAGAAGAUGUUGAAGGAAUCUUAUGUAGGAAGCUGUAUGAAGACGUAGUGGUGAAAGAAAUGAAAUGUUGUCAGAGUAUGGUGGUUGAUACAUUGCGUGGUUCUGAAUGUGCAUAUAUGUGUAUGAAGAAUGGCGAUUGCAUUCAGCAUGGCUCUGAAGCCAGAGAUGAUGAUGAAAGAAUGAGUGGAGAAGGAGACGGGGAAUUUGUUGAGAGUGGGAAUGAUGAGGUUGAAGUGAUGAGAUGGGAUGCAUGGGCCAAUGAAUUGCCUGUACGUAACAUUGCGGCUGAGAAGCAAGAGGAAAGUGAGGUGGAUGAUUUUGAAUGCACUUCUACACAGUAUGAAUAUGACGAAGGAUCGUCUGAGUCUGAUAUGGGUGUUGAUGGUGGAGAAAUGCCUAUGCUUGAGGCAUCAGCACUCAAUGCGAUGGAGACAAGUGAGCUGAUAGAGUGUUUGGAUAAUUAUUUUAUUGAUAGACGUGCAAAGUCGAUGGAUUAUACAGGGCUGGCUGUUGAGUUCUAUAGCCAGCUCUCGAGUGAGGUUAGGGCUGUUUUUGAGGAGAAAGAAAGGGUUUACAGAGAGAGUUUUUUCAGGUAUGGAGCGGAGAACGAGAGCAGUAAAGAUGCGAAUGAGUCUAUAAUGAGUGUGCGAGAAAGUGUUGAAGUGGAUGAGGCUGUGCUUUCUGUAUUUGUAGGCAAAAUGAUUGCUGAGAAGGAGAUUGUUUUUUUGAAGGGCAGGAAAUUGAUUGAAGGGAUGUGCAUGAGCGCCAGGAUGAGAAAUGUUGUAUUUGAAGCCGUAAGGGAUGCAGUUUUGUCGAUAUGUGUGGAUAAGAUGGACGAGGCCACAGGAUGUAGAUUUAGAAGAUGUCUUUUGCUGUUAGUGAGUAUGACUAAAAAAAGGCUAUGGAGUGAUGGAAGUAUUUUGAAGAAGAAUACAGAGUUGGUAUGCAAGAUAUUUGAAGUGAUGAGCAAGAUCAAGAUGAAUGAGGAGAUAUUGAAGCUUGUAGCCGAAUUCGGUGGUAUUUUUAAAGAGGACAAGGAUGCGAUGCUUGGCUUUGAUGUGAAUCUUGAUGGGGUGAUAGGCAUGUUUGCGAAGGAGAUUGACUCUGAAUGGUUUGGGCAUGUUGAGGAGUUUGUAGAAAACACGUCUAGGCAUUUUGGAUCAAGAUAUAUGGAUGCAAUGCUUGAAGAGAUAAGGAAGAAAAUGGAUGAGUUUAAGAAGAUUAUUGAAGAUGGAGUUUGGAUUGGAAGGUAUACGAAUGCACAAAGAGUGUUUUUGCGGCUUUGGAAGCUAUUAGCGAACGUGCUUGCAAAGGCUGAUGAAAUUGAAAGUGAGCAAGACGAAGUUCUUAUUGGGCUGGCGACUGAUCUGUUUUGGACGAUGUUUUUCAAAUGUCAGGAAGGAAGGACGUGUGUCGAGGACCUGAUAAAUGUGUCGGAUAUUUUUGAGUCUUUUUUUGCAGCUGGAAAGGCAGUUGAAUUAAGAAGAGGCAGGGACGGAAGCGUGGCGUUUAAAGACUUUUAUACGGACGUGCUUUUCAAGCAAUCGAAGCAAAUCAAUUUGCUUGUUGAGGAGAAACCUGAAAGGUUUUUUAAGAGCUUCAGCGGAUUUAUAAAUCGAUCGAUAUUGACGUUCAGCAACAAAAAGAGAUAUUUGUGUAGGAAGUUGCGUGUAGAAGGAGCAGACAAAUUGUCUGUGUUCUAUAAGGUGUAUGUUGACAGGGACGAUGUUCUUCGCAGUUCGUACUUCCAGGUGAUGGCAAAGAGUCCUGAGGAUUUUCGGACAAAGCGGUUUGAAAUCAAGCUUGCAGGAGAAGAGGGGCUGGACUACGGAGGAAUAACAAGGGAAUGGCUUUUGCUGCUUUCAAAGGAUCUACUUGAUCCAAACUUUGCACUGUUUGAGUUUUCGACCGAAGACAAGACGGUGGCUGUUCCAUGUAAGAACAGCCAUGUGAAUCCGGAGCAUCUUUCAUAUUUCAAGUUUGUUGGGAGAAUAAUGGCAAAGGCUGUCAUGGAGGGCUCUUUCUUGAAUCUUCAGCUGCCGAAGUUUAUAUACAAGCACAUUCUUGGCAGAGCAUGUGGUUUAGAAGAUCUGGAGGCUGUUGACAAUGAGUUCUACAAAUCGCUUAUAUGGAUAAGAGAUCACAUUGUUGAUGAAUCACUGGGAUUGACGUUUUCAUUCACUGAGGCAAGCUUUGGAGUGCACAUAACGACGGAUCUGAUUGAUAAUGGACGAGAUGUGCUUGUUUUGGAGGAAAACAAGAAAGAAUAUGUGCGAGCAGCUGCACGGCACAGGCUUUUCAACGGAAUAGAGGCGCAACUCUCAGCAUUCAAAGCAGGGCUGUUUGAGAUUCUUGGAGAUGAUGCAUUAGAUAUGUUUGAUGAAGAUGAGCUUGAGCUGCUUGUUUGUGGCGUUCCUGAGAUAAAUGUUGAUGAUUGGAAAAGUAACACUCUUUAUUACGGAUACACAGAAAACUCAAAGACAGUCAUUUGGUUCUGGAAGGCUGUUAAAUGCUUCAGCUCGGUUCAGAAAGCGAAGCUAUUGCAGUUUGCCACCGGAACAUCAACGCUACCGUUCGAAGGAUUUUCCAAUCUACAGGGAAACAAUGCGAUACAGAAAUUCUCAAUCCACAAGAUGUCUGAUAGAAUAGACUGUCUGCCUACUGCACACACGUGUUUCAACCAGCUUGUGCUACCUUCGUACUCUUCGUAUGAAACAAUGCUGAAGUGCCUUACAAUAGCAAUUGAUGAGUGCUCUACAGGAUUUGGGUUUAUAUAA